ACACAUUCCUUAUAGUUUACGUAAGAUCGUGAAAUGAGAAAACUAUGUCUUCUGAAGUUGAAGAGACGCAUAAAAUCAAAGCAUUGACGUCAGCGUUACAAGAAACAAAAGAUGACUUAAUUCACUGGACAUUAAUUCCCAACGAAGACGGAGAUACUGCUAUACAUCUGGCCAUUAUCCGUGACGAUAUCAAUCUUUGUAUUUACCUUUGUCGUCUUCUAGCAGCCCAAGGAAUUGAACUUGAUAUUAGAAACAAUUUGAUGCAAACACCGCUUCACCUGGCUUGCAUAACUGGCCAUUCUAAAUUGGUCGAAAAUUUAUUGGAAUCGAAAGCGGUAAAAGUUGAAUGGGGAGAUCGUUAUGGAAACACCAGUAUACACCUUGCCGUAAAGCAUGAUGAUCCGUCCUGCGACAUCAUGCGGUUAAUUUUGAGUCAUCUAUUCAAUGAUGAUGACGACGUUAUAAAUGCAAAGAAUAUAAAAGGAUAUUCUGCUUUGCACAUAGCGUCGUCAAUCAACAAGCCGGAAGCAAUCAAACUUCUUGUUACACACGGAGCCGAGAUCGAUCAACCGGAUACAAAAAGCGGGAAAAGCCCUCUGUACAUCGCAGUGCAAGAAAAGAACGUUGAAGCGACUCAGGUGUUGUUAGAGCUUGGGGCAGAUUCAAAUAAGUUAACUUAUUUUCGUGAUUCUCCGUCACAACUUGCAUCAAGCUCAGACAGGAGACAUUUAUUGAGACUUAUUUCAAGAUACGACUCAUCUCAUCCUGCCUCACCUCCCGCUUUGGGAAGGCGUAACUCUCGUAGAGUAGGUGACGUUAUGAUCAAAAGCACUCAUGAACAAAAUAACUUCAUCAUCAACGAAUCUGAGAGAAAAAGUUCAAAUAGUCAGCUGUUUCAAGACCAAUCUCAAAUGUCAUCGGUCACAAACGAGUCAAAAUCUGAAUCUCCACGCCGCAAUGUCAUAGUCAAAAAUUCCCUAAACAGCGAGUGCGCAACAGCAUCUCUUUCACAAAAUAUCAGAAGCAUAAACACGGAAAAUCCAAAAACAAUAAAACGAGAACCGGGCUGUACUUCCCCUUCGUCAUACCCUAUUUCUAUCGAACCGGUCUUGUCGACAGAAACAGAGACUAGCAAGUUCAAUAGCAAGGCGUUAAGGUCCAUAGAGCAAAUGCAGUCGCAACUGGAUAGGCUCCACCGAGCUCGAGAACAACAUGCCCGACUUGUUGCCGGUGACCCGUUGGCUCGUAUACCUGCCUCAAUUGCUGCGUCGUUACUCAGACAGCGACCACAAGAGCCAUUCGUAUCCCUAUAUCCACCUGGGGCUUUGGUAAGAUCAAAUGAAGGUGACAAGUUUAAAUGUGCGGAAACGACUGAAAGGGACAAUGGAGGCGAGAUCAGUCAAAAGACAAAAGAAAAGACUCCGAAAAAGAAAAGCGUGACGUCGUCCAGAGGCAUGCGGUCACUAAAGACGUCUUUUCUAACUUCAAUAACGCCAGCCACAAACUCAGUUUCGAAACGUAAGACAGGCGCGUCAAAAUCAGUCAGUGAACCUCUGGAUCUCAGCCAUCCCGAUCGUGAAGUCACAACAACAACAGUAUUGCAUUUGGACGAUAAUAAUACAAACAUGCUUUUGGAGGAUAAAAUGAACACUGAAGUGGACAAUGACAAAGCUAAGACCAAGGAGUAUGUAGCUGAACAAGCGGAUUUACACAGCAAAAUUAAAAAAGAAGUUGUAUCGGACGAUCCUGACAGCGUAACACAGGGAAACACCAGCCCGCCAACCAUGCAUUAUCCGACACUGAUUACGCAAGCUGAAUACCCCACUUUUCCAAAGUAUACUAGUCAGAACUUGAGAGAAUCAUUUGUACCUUUUGUGAAUCCGUGGCUUAAUUUCCAGGGAGCAAUUAUUAACCCAAACGCGUUUCUGACUCAAGCAGCAUACGGUUAUAUACCAACAGCGUUAGGAAACAGUGCAGCAGCACAGUUACAGCCAACGCUUCCGCCAUUUGACCCUAACGGAAUUUCUCAAAGAAACCACUUUGCAGCUGGGAUAUCACAGUGGGUAAAUUUAUCACUCGAUGUUGCUCGUGCAGCAGAAAGGUUACGGCAACCUCGAAUUGACGAAGAAUCUGCCGAUAGCAUGAAUUCCCGAAAGCGAAAAGCAACAGACGACAUAGAAAAUCAUGGAUCACCAGCGAAAGAAAGUGAAUCGGAUAAUUUAUCGUUUUCACGCCAGUCGGCGGAGAAUGGCAAGAGAUUUCGUUCACAUAAUUCCACUGCAGUACACUCGGAAGGACUACACAGGUCUGCCAGUGAUGACCCAGGAAAUUCAAGAGAGAAAGACGAACAAUUGUCUUCAAACAGAACGCUGAAACGACGAAACAGUGCACCGUCGACUGGAGUAGCCCCGCAAGUUUUGGAGAAAGAAGAUGACAGAAGAGUUGCUCCCGUCGAUUUGCAUUCCUACGCUGGAUGCCUGCCUCCGCACUGCUUACACCUAUUACAAUCAUCCGGAAAUUUGGCAUUGUCUUACAGGGAGCAUGCUUUGAAAGAAGUGGAGGAAGUUUAUCAAACAAGAAAUCACGGUGUACCAAUCACGGCUAAUGGAAAUACGUCUCCUCAAAGUGAGUUGAGAAUUCAACAUCACACCAACAAUGCAAGCAAUGGCGAUACUAAAACCAUCGAAUUGACACGUAUUCGCGAAUCUGAUUUUCACAUGGCCGGGAGAAGGCCCAGUUCCACGCUUUACAGGGAACUGUGGAGACCGAGCGGCAGAGACGAAGGCUCCGAUUCCGCAAAAAACAAAACAAUCCCGUUGCAUCCAAAAGCAACUUACUUGCAUGGCAGUCACAAACCAGAAUCUUGGAGUUCUUACAGAAGAAAAUUGCAAAAUUCUUCUGUGCUAUCCUAUAAUGAGAGAAGGCGAAGUGGCGAUAAAGCAAGAAGGGCGUCUGAGACAGAAAGCGACGAUGAGGAUUAUAUUCAAACGCUACAAAUUAGCGAUGCAUCUUCUGACGAUGAAGAAUAUAGCGAGACGAUAGCUAAUCCCUGUAGUGACGCAAGGUCGCAAGGAUCAAUCAAUUUCGGGAGAGGUGCUUGGAGUGACCUCGAUCUAGGGAACCUUCCCGCUUUUGGGGGAAACGUCGCAGUUCCAAUAUUAAACACUGUACCUCGACAACAUUCCACAUCAAUGUAUGCAACUAUUCCAACUAAAAUGGCAUGUAGCGUUAUCAAAAACGUCCCCAAAACACUAAAUGGUUUACCUCGAACUUAUACCUCUGCAAAACUAGGAAAUUCUACAAAAAAGUCUGUUGAUCAUAAGGCAUACGCCUAUGAAUUUUCACCUCAUGACGUCAUUAGAGAACCGAGAAAGGAACUUCAAUUAAACGACUUACCUCUCACUCAACGAUCAACUACACGAGAAAUGAAAAGUCACAAAUGCCGAGGGUGCUCCCACAAGAGAGCGUCACAAGACGAAAGCAGGCUAAAAUUAAUAAGCAAUAUCUUGCAACAGUCUUACAGCAAAACGACAUACGGAGGGUUUCAGAGUACAACUCCACAUUGUGCGCCGAGGUUGGUGUUUACUUCAGAGAUAAAGCUUCCAAGCGAGGUGCAGCAUCGAAAGGUAUUCUCAAACUCAGAAGAGAAACCAGCUAAAUCGUCAGGACUGACUGCUAGUGCCGCCAUUGAAGAGAGGUCACUCCAAAGAACGACAACGACCAGUAGAAAUUCAGAUUCGGAAUACUCGCACAAGUUAUUCAAAUUUGCUAGAGCGGUGAAAGAAAAUAAGAAUCGAGAGCCAAAAAGUGUCGGAGAGAAGGAUAGCAUAAAAUCAAGUUCAGCGACUGAAAACAGAGCAUCGAUUUUAUCUGGUUCUAGUGUAUUAGCGGCUAGAACAGGACGUAGCACCUCAUCGUCUUCCACGAGACUUAAUUCUUUGGACGCCAAAUUGGAAGAGCUUCGACAAAAAGCUACUGAAAGAGAAGAGAUGAAUAAACUAGACAGACAAGAAAGAGAGGCCGCGCAUUCUGAAGCAAAACCAGUAAACAUUAAAACUGAAACUACGUACUCGCAUUCUAGCACAGACGUAACAUCGCCUUCAUGUUCACAAACGAACGUGAUAUUUGACGCAAAACGUAAAUUGAGUCAAAGUCCGUUUCAAGAAUCGGAAAGUGGGCGUUUUAGUGGCAAAAAGAAUGUGGCUGUGAUCAAGCCAAAUCAAUCGAUUGUCUCGCAAACUAGUCGUGAUAAUAUUCCUUUCAACGUUGGUCCACCGAAAAAGAGACAUAUGAAGAGAUAUUCACCGGAGUUUUAUAAACAAAGACGAGAAGUUAUUUUGCAAGAUAGAGAAGUGCGAAGUGCAUCCCCCCUGCCACAAGAACCAUUUGUUUCAACCAAUGUUCUUAUCGACAAUGAAGAUCGUUCUUUGAACGUUAGAUGGUGCUCUCCCGAUCGAAGUCCAACUCGAAGAAAGCAUGCACAAAAUGCAAGGACUAUCCUAACAUAUACUGUACCGUUGGGACCUCUCAAGCAAUCCCGUGGAUCAAACAGUCACACUGUGCGACUGGAGCAAAAUUAUCGAAAACAUCCACGUUAUGCUUCGGCACCUCGCUCGGAUACGGUUAUUGUGGUCGAAUCCAGAGUGCAAGAAACCCUCAGAGAUGAAAUAGACGAAAGACUGGAGAUUGGAGACCUGGAAAUCAGCGAUGAUGAAAGUUAAAAAUAGACUUGUCAUCAAUAUAAAACUGUUCUUAGGUUUUUGGCAAUUAUCAAUAAUAAAAAUUCAAUUGACUGUCUCAUGAGUUAUGAGUGACUUUGUAGAAUAGGUUCUUUUGAACAUAGAUCGAUGUGAAGCAAGUUUAGUACAACCUAUCUAUAGACGAUACAUGGCGAUAAUCUUUCUGAAAGUACUAAGUAGACAAUUUGAAAAAUCGUCAUAAAGUGAAUAUGGCUUGUUUUUUAUCGACUGAUCUGAGUGGAUGAGAGCCUGACUUAAUAUGCUCUUGGCGUUUGCAAAUAUUGCUCCACAUUAACCUUUGACUUUUUGUUUUGUUCAAUCAUUUAGGUUGAGCCAUGCUUUCUGGCCAGAUUGUUGUUUGUUCAUGAAUCGUAAUUUAUCUUGUUUUUGCAAUGAAUGUAGUUAUUUUCUUUAGUUUUAAAUAAUUGUGAAUUAAGUAUAAUUUUGAGUCUAGUAUUAAUAAUCCCGGGCAAGUUUUAUUGCCUUGAAGGUGCUUUUAACGAAAAAUCCGAAAUUUGAUGAUAUGAAAUAUUUUAAUUUGUUUGAAGCGAUUAUUGGUUAUAAAACCAAAAUUGUAUGACCAUUGCUAGGCUGUAAAUUGUGUUAUUCGAAAUUUUGCGAUUGUUCAUUAGGUGAUUAACGUACUGUUCCCUUAUAUCUGGUGAUUAGUUUCUGACAAUAGAUCGUAAAAUUUAUAUUGAUAUCAUAUUCUAUUAUAAUAAUUAUAAUAUUUUCCCUCUAUUCAUUUUUUCUCAUUUUAAUUUAUUGUUUAUUUACAUUUUUAUAUUUUAACCCACAUAUGCAUACAUACUAAAUAAAAAUGACCGGAA